AGAGAGAGGAUGGCUCCUGGAAAUGGCUCUUUCGUGACUGAAUUCAUUUUGGUGGGAUUAACAGACCAACCAGAUCUCCAGCUCCCUCUGUUCUUCCUGUUUCUAGUAAUGUAUAUGGUCACUGUGUUGGGAAAUUUGGGCUUGAUAAUCCUAAUUGGGCUGAAUUCACACCUCCACACCCCCAUGUACUUUUUCCUCUUUAAUUUGUCCUUCAUCGAUCUCUGUUAUUCUUCUGUAUUCACACCCAAAAUGCUGAUUAACUUCAUAUCAAAGAAGAAUAUUAUCUCCCACACGGGGUGCAUGACCCAGCUUUACUUUUUCAGUUUUUUUGGUAUCUCUGAGUGCUAUGUGCUGACAGCAAUGGCUUAUGAUCGGUAUGUGGCCAUCUGUCACCCACUUAUGUACAACAUUUCCAUGUCUCCUAAAGUGUGUUCCAGCAUUAUGCUUGGUUCACACCUCCUGGCAUCUUCUGGUGCCAUGGCUCUCCCUGGAUGCAUGCUAAGAUUGGCUUUCUGUGAUGCAAGUACCAUCAACCACUACUUCUGUGACAUUUUCCCUCUGCUCCAGCUCUCCUGCACCAGCACCUAUACCCCCGAGCUGGUAGCUUCCAUUAUAGCCAGAAUCGAUGUCACUGUGCCCAGUAUCACCAUACUUGUCACUUAUGGUUUCAUCCUCUCCAACAUCCUCCAUAUCAGCUCCAGGUCCAAAGCCUUCAGUACCUGCAGUUCCCAUAUAACUGCUGUUUCUCUCUUCUUUGGAGCAAUUGCAUUUAUGUAUCUCAAACCAUCUUCUUCUGUGUCUAUGGAUGAAGGAAAAAUCUCUUCUGUCUUUUACACCAAUACGGUUCCCUUGCUGAACCCCCUAAUUUACAGCUUGAGGAACAAAGACGUAAAACUUGCUCCGAGGAAAAUCCUGAGUAGGAAAACGUUUUGAUCAGAAAGCAUCUGUGUAGUGCAGCUAGUUACAGGACAGGGAGAUUCUGUGUGUUUAAUU